ACAUGACACUUACGUCAUUGAUUACAAAAAUUUUUAAUUUCCAUAAAAAAUGUAAAUAAUGGCUGCACAAAAUGAAAUCUAAAAAGAAACACAGUCAGCUGAUUUUGUCUUCCAAGCGUCUAGAACGUAUUUAUCAAUAAAGUUUACGAUUGAAGAGUUUUGGUUUGUAAAAUUAAAUUGUGCAUUGAAGGAGUAAAUAAUACAAUGGUGGAUAUGAAAACUAACGUAAAUUUCGCGUGCCAGAGGUGCUUACAGCCAUUGAGAUUAGAUCCCAGUUUUAACCAUCUAGGAGAACAUACUCUGGCCGAACUCUCACUACCCCUACAGCAACAAGUUGUUGGAGAAUUAGAACCUCCAAGUGGUAGUUUGGAACAUUUAGUUCCACCAUUCAGAUUAACAGAAUCAGGAAAUGGAACUAAUGGUUUUAUGCUGGUUGGUGAUUCUGGUGAAACAGAAAGUUUAAGUCAUCAUUUAAAAGUAAGGGCAACGCUGUUUGAUAUUUUAAGUAGUAGUAGUUCUGCAGACCAUCCACUUUGCGAUGAAUGUACAGACAGUUUAUUGUUGUUAAUGGAUCAACAACUACGAAUGACAGAAGGAGAAUGGUCAGACUAUAAUGAAUAUUUAAAAAAAUUGGAAUCUGAACAACAGCAAUUGGGAUAUGAAGAUAUAGAGAUGGAAAAUUUAACAAAGGAAUUACAAGAUGCGAAAUCCGAAGAAGAUAGAAUGAUAAGUGAAUUAGAAGCCUUAAGGAAAGAAGAAAUAGCUACAAGAAAUGCUAUUGCAGAACAAGAGAAAGAAAGAGUAAGAUUGCAAAACGAAGAAGAAAGAUAUUGGAGAGAAUACUCAAGACACAAAAGAGAUCUGAUGUUAGGAGAUGAUGAAUGUCGAAGCUUGGAAUGUCAAUUGGCCUAUGCAGCUUCUCAACUUGAAAGACUGAAGAAAACAAAUGUCUUCAAUGCUACAUUUCACAUCUGGCAUUCGGGACAUUUUGGAACUAUUAAUUCGUUUCGUUUAGGACGUUUACCUAGUGCACCAGUAGAUUGGAGUGAAAUAAAUGCUGCAUGGGGACAAACAACUCUUUUACUGGCAUCACUUGCAAGGAAAAUGAAUUUAACUUUUAAACGGUUUCGUUUAGUACCGUUUGGUAAUCAUAGUUAUAUUGAAGCAUUAGAUCAACAUAGAGAAUUACCUUUGUAUGGAAGUGGUGGUUUUAAAUUUUUAUGGGAUACGAAAUUUGAUGCUGCUAUGGUAGCAUUUCUUGAUUGCUUACAGCAAUUUAAAGAACAGGUAGAAAAAGGAGAUAGUGGAUUUUGUUUACCAUACAGAAUGGAUCGUGGUAAAAUAGAAGAUUCUGCCACAGGAAAUUCAUACUCUAUCAAAAUUCAAUUUAAUUCUGAGGAACAAUGGACCAAGGCCUUAAAGUUUUUGUUAACAAAUUUAAAAUGGGGCCUUGCUUGGGUCAGUUCACAAUUUACAAAAGACGAAAAUGAGCACUGAUUUAACAUUAAUUUACGUAAUUUCAUUGUAUUUUGUCUAUGCAACCAUUUCUUAUUCGCUUGUGUACAUUCGCUCUAUUUGUAAAUAAAAUUGUUCUAUAAUUU